UGCAGGGUGCGGGAGGACCGGGGCCAUCUGUGCGAUAGAUUACACAUGGAAUUUGUUGAAAGCCGAGAAAAUUCCGGAGGAAUUCAACGUGUUUAAUUUAAUACAAGAAAUGAGGACCCAGAGGCAUUCUGCAGUACAGACUAAGGAGCAGUACGAGCUUGUUCACCGGGCCAUCGCGCAGUUGUUCGAGAAACAGUUGCAAAAAUACGAGAGCUCUGCGGCGUGGAAAAUUGCAGAUGGAUUGAACGAAGUGAACACCGAGAACGCUGUCAGUUCUGGAGAGCUGGAGAAACAAGAUUCCCCUCCCCCGAAGCCACCGCGGACUCGCAGCUGCCUUGUGGAGGGAGAUGUGAAAGAGGAAAUUUUGCAGGCCCCAGAGCCCCAUCCGGUGCCCCCCAUUCUAACCCCAUCGCCUCCUUCGGCCUACCCGACCGUGACGACGGUGUGGCAAGACAGCGACCGAUACCACCCCAAGCCUGUUUUGCACAUGGUGUCUUCAGAGCACCCCACAGACCUCAACGAAAACUACGGUAAAUCCAGGGAAUAUUCAGGGAAGCACGAAUCCUCGGACCCCGCCGAUAAAAAGCUGGAGCACAACUUGAGCUUCGAAAUUAAGAAAGUGCCCCUGCAGGAAGGACCGCGCAGCUUUGACGGGAACCCUCUCCUGAGUCGGGGAAACGCACUUAAAAUUAAAACAGGCCCGCCGGGUGCAGCGGAGAUGGCCUCGAAACCGCAGGAGCGCGGCUCCGGAGAUGCACCGAUGGAGACCACCCAGAACUCUUGCAGCGAAUGCAAUCUGCAGCUGGUCACUCCAGUGGCAAUAUCCUCUCGGGAAGGACAUCGGGGUCUUACUACAGAUGCCCGGGAAAGGCCAGACUGCUUGCCCCUUAAUAAAGAGAAGGGACACGCCAUGUGGUCCUUAGAAGAGACUAAAAACGAGCAUCCCUUCUCCGAGGAGGAGGAGGCGCCUUUACCCGUUUUAUGUCACGAAGUUAAAAAUCUGUCCGUGGACUCGGAAUCGCCAGGUCAAAUGGACACCCCUCCCAGGGAGCUGGCAGGCCACUGCCACAGUGACACGCUGCCGGUUAGAGCGCCUCUGUGUUUCACCAACCCCCUGCACUCGGACGACUCUGACGCGGAGGAAAGAAACUCUGAGGGGGACGUGGCACGUAGCACGUUGAAUAGCGUCUCCGUGGCAAGCGCCACGGUUUCCGCAGCGACUAACACAGAAAACAUUUCCGCUAGAAAAGUGUUGCCGAUGUCCAUCGCGAGGCAGGAUAAUCUAGCCCUAAUGCAUUCCGAAUCUGAUAAAGAAAGAAUGAUGGAAUUGCUUGUGCUUGCAAGUCCACAGGCUUUGCCAAAAAGCCCUGCUCUUCAACAAUCGGCCGAAUGGAAUUUGUUACAAGAACAGAACACUUCCGAACAACCAAAAUGUACAAUAACUCAGAGCUGGGAGACAAAUCUCCAACGGAUACAAUACCUCAACCAUCUCCCACCAGUCUAACUCCUAAAGGACAGCCCUUACCAGAGAUUGCAAUUGAGACUACAGAUAUUGGGUUUGGUAGCCGCUGUGGAAAACCAAAAGGACCAAGAGACCCUCCUUCAGAAUGGACAUGAUGCAAGAACCAAUGGACACAUAUUAAAUUAUACUGGAAAAUUCAAGUGCCACUGAACAAGAUCCGUAGUAUUCCAAUGCUUUUAUUUUUUUGGAACAAUCGGUGUACAUAUAGCUACACAAUGGUACACUUUUGUAUACAUCUACACAAAUAUUAAAGAUUCAAAAUGGUGGAUUCUAUACUUCAAACUUAACUUCUUUCUGGGGCCAUUAAUCUGCCUUAUUACAUUUUUUAAAUAAAUAUUACUUAUGGUUUGUUACUUCAAGUAUUAUUGCCUUAAUGUCUUUUAAACCUGUUAAAACACUUGUUUAUAGACAUGUUAAUAUGGUGAAACUUUUGACAAAUUGAGUUUAUGAAGAACUUUUUUUGGCAAAUGUUUGAUUGCCAUGUAUAUUUUAUUUUGUGGAUGUAUAGGGCAAGCCAGGUAUAUAAUUUGAUAAAGCUGCAAUCGUAAAGUAUUAACAGAAGGUGUAAGAAAUCUCUGCAUGAACUAAAGUUGUGUACCUUGUAAAUUAUUUGCCCUAAUGUUUUAGAAAAUAGUUUUUUUUAAAGAAAAUGUUGGUGCACAUUCAGAAUUACAGAAUAGCAGAGAUGAAGAUUGUAAUACAUUUUGUAAAUUGUAAGCAAAAAGUUAUUUUUAUAUUAUAUACUGUUUCAACUGUCAGUCCUAAUUUGUCCUGGUUUUCAUCUAGUCAUUGAUAUUACAUAAGUGCCUUGAAAGACCAGAUUUUUAGCAUGAACAAGUUACCUAUAGAGACUAGUGUUAUCAACAUAUUUGAACUGUCAGUAAAAGAGAAUAUUUUAAAA